UAUAUUGAGCUGCCUCCUCACUUCCUCAUUCUCAUUUUGCUCCUCGAACUGUCUCUAUCGCGGUGACCGUCGAAGCAUUCAUUAUACAGACGGGGUCCAGGGUCGCCGUACCACAACACCAUCAGAAUGACGGUAUCAGACUUCUUUAACAAGCUGAAGCCCCGUGCUGAGCCCGUCGAGCACGCGGAGCACACCUCCCCUUCGACUCCUUCAGGAUCCGAAGCUGAGAAGAACACCACCUACGAUGACAGUCCCGUGAAAUAUCUGACAUGGCGAUCUUUCAUUCUGGGCGCCUGUGCAUCCAUGGGUGGAUUCAUCUUCGGUUACUCUACUGGUCAAAUUUCAGGUUUUGAGACCAUGGGUGACUUCAAGCUCCGUUUCGCUCAGUAUGACUCUGCCACGGAUACCUAUUAUUUUAGCAACGUCCGUUCCGGACUGAUUGUCGGCUUGCUUUCCAUUGGUACCAUGAUUGGUGCUCUUUGCGCAGCUCCUCUGGCCGAUCGUUUUGGCCGUAAGUUGUCCAUUGCUCUUUGGUGUAUCAUCCAUGUCGUCGGUAUCAUUGUUCAAAUCGCGACCGAGAACAAAUGGUACCAGGUUGCUGUUGGUCGUCUUGUCGCUGGUCUCGGUGUCGGUGCGCUCUCCAGUGUUGUUCCUAUGUACCAAUCUGAGUCUGCUCCUCGACAGGUCAGAGGUGCCAUGGUCAGUGCGUUCCAGCUGUUCGUCGCCUUUGGAAUCUUCAUUUCAGCGUGCGUCAACUACGGCACUGAGACGAUCCAGUCGACUGCCUCGUGGCGUAUCACCAUGGGGAUCGGUUUCGCUUGGCCCCUUAUCCUCGGUAUUGGUAUCAUGUUCCUGCCCGAGUCUCCUCGUUAUGCCUACCGCAACGGCCGCGUUGACGAGGCCCGCCGUAUCAUGACCAAGCUAUACGGUGUCCCCGAGAACCACCGUUUGGUGGCCGAGGAAAUUCAGGAUAUGAAGGACAAGCUCGACGAGGAAAGAGCUGCAGGAACGGCAGCCUGGUACGAAAUCUUCACUGGACCUCGCAUGUUCUACCGAACGGUUCUUGGAAUCGUGCUUCAGUCGCUGCAGCAGCUGUCUGGUGCUAACUUUAUUUUCUACUAUGGUAACACCAUCUUCAACGUACGUGAUCCUAUCUUGUUAUUAUUGCUCUUCAAUAUCAGAGCUACGGGUCUGAGCAACAGCUAUGAGACUCAGAUCAUCUUGACUGUUGUCAACUUCGGUGUCACUAUCAUUGGAUUGUACAUAGUCGAGCACUUCGGUCGCCGCAAGUCCCUCAUUGGCGGAGCCUUGUGGAUGUUUGUCUGUUUCAUGAUCUUCGCUACCGUCGGUCACUAUAAGCUUGACCGUAACAACCCUCAGAACACUCCCCAGGCUGGUACCGUGCUGAUUGUCUUUACCUGCUUCUUUAUUGUCGGCUUCGCCACUACCUGGGGACCUAUCGUGUGGGCUAUUGUCGGAGAGCUGUACCCUGCUAGAUACCGUGCUACCUGUAUGGGUAUUGCUACUGCCUCCAACUGGACCUGGAACUUCCUGAUCUCGUUCUUCACGCCAUUCAUCUCGAGCGCCAUUGACUUCCAGUACGGUUAUGUUUUCGCCUGCUGCUCAUUCGCCGCUGCUCUGAUCGUUUUCUUCUUCGUCUGUGAGACCCAGGGACGUACUCUGGAGGAGGUCGACACUAUGUACGUGCAGCACGUCAAGCCCUGGAAGUCCAGCUCCUGGGUUGCUCCUGCGAACCUUCGCCGUACCCAGCAGGAGAGCGAAAUCGAACAACAGAGCCAAGAGGCUGAAAAAUAAAGUGGAGUACCUGCCAUUCACUGUGGAUGCGCCAAUAGAGUGCCCGGAUGAGAGAUACGGCCAGAUAGCUCAUGAGAGAGACGUACGAAUCAUUU